CAUUAUUAGGUUUCUUGCCUGAUCCUCUGUCAAUUUUACCAGUGUACAACGAGCGCGAGGAAAACCUGAUGAGAUGGUUAAUUAGACUCUUCUUGUGUGGGACCCUUAAUUUCCUGUCGUUUGAACAUUUUCUUGCAUUUAAUUUGUGGAAUAACGCUUUCUCUGACAUUUUAUUAUAGGAGCUGUACAUUAUCUGAGGUGCGCGCUCUGCUAACCUCCACGGAUGACGUCCGGGUCGGUGCUGGAGUUUUACAGAAAUAUUUUUUGUGGACUAGUUAGCCAUGCAAUCUGGGUACUCUAAGCACCACUGCUACGCCGAUUUCACCCAUCGCUCAUUCGGAGAAUUCAUCAAACUCAACAAUGCGUCAGCUCUUCGAUUGGCGCUGCUUGUAUCGGAUUUCGCCCGCCAGAUGGCAGCAGUCUACGAACAAUUUGCCAAAGACAUUCAAACUAUUAUAGCAGCAUUCAAAACCAAAUACGAGGACCUCAAACGAGAUAGACCAAAAGACACACCUUCCACAAUCCUGUCUGCCUGGGAAUGUUUGCUACAUGGGACAGAGAACGACGCACAGGCUCAUAUGGAUGUGGCUGUCUUGCUAAUAAAAAAUGUCUACAAACCCUUAGAAGAAGUAGCAAUUAAUAAAAAGAAUCAAACCCAAAAACUCAACUCUUACCGAGAUCAGUUCGAGGAGACUAUGGACAAAGUGGAACACGAUCUGCAAGUUGCAGAAGAGAACUAUGAGGCUUCAGUAAAGGUUUAUCAGACCAAUUCCAACUAUAACGCCAGACUUCAGUUCCUCGGCGCUCACAACGAAUAUCUUUGUCAAUUGUGUGCUUCCAACAGGACAAUAGAGGAGUUCCAGUAUCUCAUUCCACAAGUUUUAGAGGAGCUUGAGGAGAUCUAUAUAGAUACCAGUAACACUGUCAACAUUGCCAUGGAGAGUCAUGCUUUAAUGCUUCUGACAAAGGCAGAUGAGCAGCAUCAUCGUUUUAAGGAGAUGUUGAAGUUCUGUCGACAGGUCAAUCCACAGCUUGAUAUUUCAUACUUUAUGAAUGCCAUUAACACAGAGCCAACAAAAAUGGAAAUCUCUACGCAUACCUUCAGACCUGCAGAUGUCAACAUCUAUAAUACAGAGAACCUGACAGUGAACCAUCUUAUCAUAGAUCCCCACACAGAGUCAACUAUCCAGGAUCGACGGCAGAAACUACAGAAGGAAGCAGCCGUACUUACCUCAUACAUUAAACACAAUCAGGACAACAUACACACGCUUAUGAUGAUAUGUCAAAGAAAUUUAGCUAAUCAUCUGUACUCAAAAGUGUAUGAAACUCAAGGGGAUAUGUGUUGCAAGAGGAAUGAAAUUCGUUUGGCAAACUUGCAGUUAGCAGCUAUUCGAGCACAGAUAGAAGUGUUGUCCCCCAAACAGAAUGGAUCCAUGGAGAACCUGGAACAGGACAGCAAGAAGUCCUCAGCCACCAUUAAAAGCAUGUGGAAGAAAGCUUUCAAGAACCUCAAAAGUACCUCAGACUCCAAACUGACCAAGAAAGGAAGUUUGAUAAAGAAAAAACAGAAUUCACAAGAAACUGAGGUGGAAGAGACAGUGGAAUCGGGAGAAAUUGACCCAGUUUACAGCCUACUAAAGUGUGCUGCAGACCUUCCAAAGGUUGGUAAACCCAGCUGUGGGAUCCAUGCCCAGUGUUCAGGGCACCAUUCUAACAAGGGGGACAGCAGCACCAGCACUUCCAAAACAACUAGUCCUGCCUCGUCAGCUAGCCACAGUCCCAAAAAUCGUCGAAAAAAGUUGAAUUCUCGCAUGAAAAGUUUUUCCUUGGACACUCCCGAGCCGUCCAAGCACCUGCUGGCGAUUGACGAAACUACAAAGAAGAAGAGCAGUUCCUUUACUAACACUUGUUUUGGAGUAGGUCCGAUAUCUCGACUGCAGGCUGAUUCUGAGGGUUCAUCAAGCCCAGAUGAAAAAUAUGUUUUCUCUGCCGCCAAUCUGCGGAAGAAGUUCGCUAGUUCAUCAAAUCGAGCAAGCUCUCUGGAGUUGGAAGAUAAAGUCAGUUACAGCAAUUCUCCUAAAGAUUCUCCUAAAAGCCAAAAGAAACAAAAUACUCAGUUGUAUGUUGUAUUGUACAACUUUAAAGGAAAAGAAAAAGAUGACCUUGAUCUCAGGGCGGGGUGGAGGGUGAGUGUAUUGGACAGUUCAGAUCCAGACUGGUGGAAGGGUAAAUGUAAUGGUAAGGUGGGAUAUUUCCCGGCCACCUACUUGAUCCCAAUCCAGACUGGACAGCGAGUGUUCCAGGUGAUCCACUCCAUGCAUUUGAUAGAGGGAGGGAAUGGAAUGAAGCUGCACAAGGAUCAGAUAGUGUUACAGAUAGGCGAUGAAGAGAAGGGGAUGGUUCAUAUCCAAGCAGCAAACAAAAAACAAGCCAUGUGUCCCCUGAAGUACCUCAAGGAGGUCUAAUGGUUCAUCACAGGGGUCACAGACAGACAGAGUAGAAACACCCCCUUGUGUUAUAAAUAUAAUAUACUCAGACAAAUAGCCAAAGAAUUAAGCCUACUGACUGAAUGACAAACAUAUCAAGAAAGACAACUCUGGCAUCAGAUGUUGUAUUAAGAAAGACAACUCUGGCAUUUGGUGUUGUAUAAGAAAGACAACUCUAGUGUCAGAGAUGUUGUAUUUAAGAAAAACAACUCUGGUGUCAGAGGUUUUGUUUAGAUGGGGAUACUGCAGAGAAUGGGUAGUUACUUAAACUGAUUUUGCUCAGGUCCCUGUGGAUAUGUUUGGACAGUUGUUUUUGUUACUAUAAUUAAAAAACCAACGAAGAAAUAAAAAUCCACGUCAUGUAUACAUCAUCCACAGCUAUAUGUUGAUCAGCCAUAGUAUGUGUUGUUUAUAAAUGAAGUCUGCAUUAUACAGGUCUGAGUAACAAUUUGUUGAAGUUACUCUUAGGAAUACCUGACUUAUAUAAAACAAUCACCAGCAUUUUUUUUAAAAUAAAGAAUGAUUGUAUACCUGAAAAAAUUGCACAAUUAUACCAAUGUUUAUACUUUCAUGUUGAUAAUACAUGUAUAAUAAAAAGGAAAAGAUUUUUUUUUUAAUU